AUGACACACAAACGCACACAUUCACAAACGCGUUACAAAAUACGCAAAACCGAAUCGGUGCAGGAGACCCCGUUGGGUGCAACACCAACCAGCAAACGUGCCGCCAGCAAGAAACGCUUCUCUAUGCGCAAAUCACGUUCACUUGACGCGGAAGCAUACACGCUGGCCUGCGUACAAUCGCCGCUCUGGGCGACAUUAACAAAUGCCCGUACAAUCAAUGAAAUCCUACAGGACGAUUACUAAAAGAGGAGGCAGCGCAGCAAGCGGGUGUUGAAUAAAAAAGCAACCAAACUACACAAAUAGAAUAAAAAAAUGGUGGCGAAAGUUUUGCCUGUCUGCCGUGAAUGAGCAGAUAUCCAGAUAAAGCCAAUAGCCGUAAAAAAGCACGCCCAUUUGGAUAUACACCCCCAACCCUCAUCAUAAACCUCUUAAAUCGAGAAGGAAUUUGCAAUUAAUUUGGAGAAAUGAAAAAAGCGGAGAGGCGGUCCACUCAAAGAGUGUGAGUAGUGUAAAAAAUAUGUAAUUCAGCAAAAAUCCGCGCGCCUAAAGAGGCGAAAGCAGACUUAUUAAAAAUUUAUUGUUUUCUGUGUUGAUAUUAAAUAAAUUGAAUAUUGAAUAUUGAAAAAUUUGCAAUGUAUUGGUAAUAAAAUUGAGUAGUAUAGUCUAAAAGUAAUUUAAGAACAAAUGUACUAAAGAAUUUACUAACUAAAUUUGUACUAUAUAAUUUGCAAAAGUUGAUGUUAAUUUAAAUUUAUAGUAAAUUAAUGAACAAGUGGAACAUGAAAAAUAUGAGUGAAAAAAUUAAUAAAAACCAUUUUCGCAGCUGAAAUCCCAACUUAAUA